AAGGUAUUGCAUAAAAUAAGGGGUUGAAUUUUCGAUACGAUAUUAUGAUUCGGUGUAUCGAUACCAACUAAUGUAUCGAUACAAAAUAUCGAGUAUCGAAAUAUAAAGUAUCGAUACCUCAAAGUAUCGAUACGUAUCGAACAUCCCUAGCUGUGACCAUGACAGACUUUAAAAAAUAAACAUAGAUAAGGGGGUGAAAAUAAACAGCAGUUUAUUUUUUAAGGUUUUAUUUGCUUUUUUUAUGUUUAAAUUACUUUUGAUAAACAAAACCAAAGUUUAAACAAAUGGAAGUAAAACAAGAAGUUAGUGAUGAGAUAUUAUAUCAAGCAGAAAUAUAUUGUAAUGCUGUUGAUGAUGGUCCUUUGGAUAUUAAUAAAAUUGAAAUUAAAGAGGAAUCCAAAUCAGAAAGUGCAUACGAUGCAUUUGAUUUGCACUUGAAAGAAUUCGCCAUAAAGACUGAAAUAGAACAAGAGGAACUUACGUCAUUUAAAGAAAAAGAGUUAAAUGGCUUUCCCCCAGAGGAGAACACAUUGGAAAGUAUGAAAACAAUACCCAUAGAACAACAUAUGAGUCAACCCGUCGAGGAAAAUACAUUAAAAUGUGAUAUUUGUUUUAAGCAGUUCACCAGAAAAUCUAGUUUGAAAACACAUUUGAGAGUGCACACUGGAGAAAAACCUUACCAGUGUGACAUUUGUUUUAAGCAGUUUACUGCAACAGAUUAUUUGAAAUCACAUUUAAAAGUACACACUCGGAAAAAACCUUAUAAGUGUGAAAUUUGUUUUAAGCAGUUCAUUCAUGCACAGAAUUUGACAAGACAUUCGAGAGUGCACACUGGAGAAAAACCUCAUCAGUGUGAAAUUUGUCUUAAGCAAUUUGUUGAAAGGACAAAAUUGAAAAAUCAUUUGAGACUGCACACUGGGGAAACGCCUUACAAGUGUGAAAUUUGUUUUAAGCCGUUUACUGCAGCAACUGCCUUGAAAAGUCAUAUGAUAGUGCACACUGGAGAAAAACCUUACCAGUGUGAAAUUUGUUUAAAGCAAUUUGUUGACAGGUCAAAAUUGAAAUGUCAUUUGAGACUGCACACUGGAGAAACGCCCUACAAGUGUAAAAUUUGCUUUAAGCCGUUUACAACAUCAACUACCUUGAAAAGUCAUAUGAUAUUGCACACUACACCUGGAGGCUACAAGUGUGAAACUUGUUUUAAACACUAUUCAACAGAAUAUAAUUUAAAAGUACAUUUGAGAGUACAUACUGGAGAAACGCCUAACAAGUGUGACAUUUGUUUUAAGCUGUUUGCUACAGCAGCAACUUUGAAAAGACAUAUGAGAGGGCACACUGGAGAAAUGCCUUACAAGUGUGAAAUUUGUUUCAUGCGAUUUCGUGAAACGAGAAGUUUAAAAAAACAUUUGAGAGUGCACAAUGGAUAAUAAUUUAAACUUAAAUUUGUAUUCAUGUGUUUUUAAAUUACGUAAUUUGAAACAUUUGUUGUUAAGCAGAUUUCUCAAAAAGAUCAAACAAACUGCAAAGAAAUUUGUUUUGAACGGUUUUUCCUUAGUUGCCUUAAUAUUGUUAAAUGUGUUCUGUCGUUUUUUAAAGCAGUUGAUUGGGAAAAACAUUUGGUAAUCUACAAUGGAAUAAAAUGUUAAGUGUCCAGAGUUGUUCAGCCGACGCUGAAUAGUGAAGACGUGCAGAGAGCGCCAGUUCUAUACUGAAAUCAGCGCGUCGGGGUACUAAGACCACGCGGAGUGAAGAACAGCUGAAAAAUUGGAAAAUAGUCUUCUUAAAUGGUCUUUUUAGACCAACUGUGAGUAAGACACAGUAAAUAGGACGAUAUUUCCCAAUUUUAAAGCAAAUCCAGAGGCAAAAUCUAUAUUCAUUGGAUGUAAUUAGCCGUGGAAAUUUAAUUUCAUUGAAUUUUCAAGGAGGUUACACUCCAGAAUAUAGAAAGCGAAGAAGCAAGCGGGCUUCGUGCCCGUCGGGAAAUUUAUGUGCCCCCGUAGUGAUGACACUGUCAGGUGUGUAAAUUUGAAAUACACAUCGGGCAGAAAACGGACACCUGGGUCAGAAAUCUGAGAACUGCAAGAGGAACCCUCCCUAUCGCAAGCUAGGGUGUGAGUCAGCCGCGUAGGUCCCUGGGACGGCACUCAGAAAUUGGCUGGACAAAGCCAAAAGCAAAAAACAGAUUCAUUUAAAUAAGCAGUUUCUAAAAUGUCGUCGGACAAAAAUAUGUCGACCGAGCUUUCAGAGCUCUAUGACUAUGUGAAUUUAACCCAUUCCCAAGAAACAAACCCAGAGACAGAGUCAGUGGCCGUUACAGCCACUACUCCAGUCCCUAUCCUUCCCCCUAGUCCACUCCAGUCGUCGUCAGAAGGUGACAUCGAAAUGGACGAGGCAAACCCUGAGGUAAUCUUCUCUGAAGAUGAAGUAACUAUAAACGAUUCGGAUGGCCCUCAGCCAGAUGAAUCAAUCACAAAAAUGUGCAUUAGUAACCCUGGUUCCCUUCAGAACAAUCUUGAAGUUUGGUACACCAGCAGGUUAUCAUACCCCCUCAGGGAACAACAAACUCAUCUGAGUUAACAAAACUCCCACAACUUGAUGCUGACUACGACAGUCGCCGAGUAGAAGGCAAGAAUCCCACAAAAAGACCGUGUAAAAUCCCAGACACGGAGAGAAAAGAAGACGAUAUGACAAGAACCGUUCAGCGUCUAUUGGAAAAACUCGAAGAGAUAGAAUUCGAGAAAAAACGCGAACAAAAAGAGAGAAAGCACAAACAACAAGAAUUCCAGAAGCUAAUUGCCGAAUUAAGAGACAUAAUAAGCGUCAAAGAUGAAGAAAGUAGACGAAUGAUGGAUCAAAUGAUGCAACUAACAAAAACUAUUCACGAUAUGACCAAAAAUCAAAACACACAACCCGUCACAAUAACGGAAGUAAAUGAAAAUCAAAUGUGUUGGGAACAGACAGAACGGGACACAACAAGAAGAAGAAAAAAUAGAGGCAAAUCCCUACAAAAAUAAAGCCUACCAAAAAGACAAAACAGGCAACAGAGACGAAGAAAGAGGACAACAUAAGCGUAGCUGAAAAGCAAAGGCGCAUUGUUGAAAAGAGAAAAGAAGAAGAAAUGAACGAAAACAUGAGAGCAAGAAAUGAAAGAAAAAAUAAAGAUACACAAGUAAUAGAAAAUGACGAGAAAGAACCAAAAAAGGAAAAAAAACACCCAGUCGGGCGAAGACGCAGACGACGAAGGGUUCACAGAAGUAAAAAAAGCAAGUUAAAGAAAGAACAGAGGAAAAAACGAAAAAGAAAAUCCGGCCAAACAAGCAAAAUCUACAACGGAAAAUGAGGCAAAAACCAACAAGGGCAAAAACAGCGAUAAAUCACCUGAAAAAACAAAACCAGAAGAAAAGGCUGCCACAGCUUCGACCAGCAAGACUGUGGAGACAACAUAAAACAAAAAUCGAAAACUGCCACCAAUAAUAUUAAAAACUGUAGAGGCAGGUCAAGAAAUUUUACAAGAAGGUGCCAAUCAAGGCAUAAUAACAGAGAAUAAGUUCGCAAAAUCGGGCAGGAGCAUAGUAAUCCAAACUAAAAACAGAGAGGAUUACCACGGCAUGCUCAAGAUACUCGAAAACAUAGCAAACGGACCGAAUAUCGCGUAUCCCCUUGACGAGGAUAUAGACAGAACAAAAAGAGUGGUGAUACGAGGGCUAACAAAAUGGACAGACAUAGACAACUUAGGUGAUGAAAUAGACAGUCUAAAUAUAAAAAUUGCGGACCUUUUCCGAAUGAUAUCGAAAAAAGACGGUAGAGAACUGCCCCUCUACAUGUUGACAUACUAUGAAAGUGACACUGAAAAAGUAAAAAGAAUAACGAACUUAUGCCACAUGAAAGUAGAGAUUGAAGAAGAAAUAAAAAAUAAGAACGAAGUUUUGCAGUGCUACAACUGCCAAAACUUUUUCCAUGGCUCCAGAGCAUGUAAAUGUUUCUCCAGAUGUGUGAAAUGCGGAGAAAACUAUGCCACCAGGAAUUGUGUCAAAGAAAACAACACACCAGCCAAAUGUGCAAACUGUGAUGAGGCUCACACAGCCAGCUACAGAGGCUGCAAAAAAGCGCCAAAGAAAAGGGUGAAAACAACAACUAGCACCCAGAAAUAUAAGUGCACACAACGUGCAAACCACAGCAAACAUCAGCUAUGCCGCGGCCACACAAGGCAAAAAGGACGCUACUGCAGAUAACAAAGUACUAGCAGUAGUACAAGAACAAAUGAAAAUGUUCGCCGGUAUGUGUGAACAAAUGACACAAAUGUUUAAUGCUCUGGGGCUAGCGAAAACUGCAUAAUGUCAGAACAGUUGGAGGAUCUACGAGUUGAGUCAUGGAACUCUGGCGGUUUACGUCGGAAGCUGAAUAUACUAGAUGAGUUUACCAACAGACUCAAUAUAUAUGUCAUGGCACUGCAGAAAACAAAACUCACCGAAAAAGUGAAAACCAAAUUCCUGGGCUAUGACAUCUAUAGAAAAGAUCAUAGAUCUCUCUCGGGCGGCACGGCUAUCAUGUAAAAAAAGGAAUAAAACAUCUACAUAUUCCGACACCUGAUGGUCUGGUCACCUUAGAAGAGUUCGGAUCUAUGCGGCUAACGAAACGCUGAAAAUAGCCUCGGUGUACGUCAGACCGCAUGACCCGAUCCUAACGGAAGAUCUAAACCUAAUAUUAGAUUCAGACGAGCCAACAGUCAUCAUAGGUGACCUAAACGCGAGAUCACCCAACUGAUUUGACAGGAAAACCAAUGUUGUUCUGAAGCUAUUUUCUUGUGGCAUUUUUAUAUAUUAAUAGUAUUUUGUAUUUUGACAACGGCACCCGAUUUGGGCGUCGAAACGUUAAUAAAAAUCAUUUUUUAAUAA